UCUUUUUUCCAGACACUGGCUGGCGACCUACUUCGUUAUCUGGUACGGCGUUCCCUACAUGACGUACGACAUCUUCGCCAUGUACCUCAGUCACUACUACCGCUUCCGGGUCAAAGGUCACGAGGAGUACAAGUGGCACUCGCUCACCACCGUCAACUCCUUUGUGCGCAAAGAGUUCCUGCUGGUGCUGCAUCACAUCGCACUGCUGACCAUCCUGCUGCCUGUCACACUGUUCUUCAGACAGGACCAGGGGGACUUCUUCAUCGGCUGCUUGUUCCUCACUGAGCUGAGCACGCCCUUCGUGUCCCUGGGAAAAAUACUGAUUCAGCUCAACCUCCAGGACCGCUGGCUGCACAAGGCCAACGGCGGCAUGGUGCUCUUCACCUUCUUCGUGUGCCGCAUCGCGCUCUUCCCCUUCAUGUACUGGAUGUACGGACGUCACUACGCCAUCCCGCUCUACAGCGUGCCCUUCCACCUGCCGCUGUCCGCUAACCUGGGAAACUGCUGCAUCCUGGCGCCACAGGUCUACUGGUUCGUCCUGCUGUGUCGAAAGGGCUACCGUCUGUACAAACGCAGCCGCGGGACCGACGCGUCUGCCGCCGCCCACGCUUCGAAGGACGACUGACCGACUGACGGGUCACUGUGGACCGGCUCCAACCGCACACUGGGCUACUAAUGCUAACUCCUCCUGCAGAUGCACUAGUUUGAACACAUUUGAAACCCCACUGUCGUACUGGAACACACCAGGACUGCCUGCUGUCCUCCCAAAACUCCUGGACAUCUUUUUCUGCACACUUUAACGCCUCUUAAACGCAGCACUGCUGCACCACUGGACCUCUGCACCAAUCCAGAUAUGCUACUACUGAAGUUUGUGGUUUUUCAUGAGGGUGGUGGUGGUGGUGGUGGUG